AUGACGGAUUGUGAAUUCGCCAACCCUCGGGACUAUGUGAAAUGUGUUGUUGUAGGGGAUGGGGAGGUGGGGAAAACGUGUUUACUAGUCAGUUAUACUACUGAUAAAUUCCCUACUGUUCAUGUACCAACUGUAUUUGAAAAUUAUGCUGUGACGUUAACAGUAGAUGAUCAGAGUAUGGUAUUGGGUUUAUUUGAUACGGCGGGACAGGAAGAAUUUGAUAGACUGCGUGUUCUCGCAUAUCCAGAUACUGAUGUAUUUGUUGUGUGCUUCUCCGUAAUGAACCCAACAUCUUUUGAAAAUGUGAAAGAGAAAUGGAUCCCCGAAGUGCGACACCAUACUCCCGGCGUACCUAUUGUGUUAGUUGGAACCAAAUCAGAUCUAAGAUUGAGUUAUCAAGAGAUCAAACAAUUAGAAACUGAGAAACGAUCACCAAUUAAGUUUCAGGAAGGAUUGGAACUGGCCAGUGAAAUAGGUGCUCAUUCGUAUGUCGAGUGUUCAGCACUGACUCAAGAUGGACUUAAAGAUGUGUUUGAAACGGCAGUGGUUUUACAUCCUGAUUCAUCUUCACAAUAA